AUGAGAGAACUGCCUGAAACAAUUGAGGUAUACCAUGAACUUGUAGGAAGACAGAUACAAGAUAUAUUACAAGAGAAUAAAGAACUAAAAGCAAAGCUUGAAAGACAAGAAAGUGAGCUAAGAUCUAUUAGGAUACAAUAUAAAUCGGACAUUCAGGCAUUGAGAGAUGAAGCUAACGAAUUAGAAACAAUAAAUAAUGAAUUUCAAGAAAUCAUACAACACAUUGGAAUACCACCAAAGAGCAAGGUCCAGAAGGACAAGGUAUUAAAUUCGAGAGAAAGGUUACCAAUGACUCCGCUUACCAACAAAAAACGUAAAUUGAGUGAGGUAGAUGAAACUAUUUCAGAAGAAGACUCGCCCUUGAGCCAGACAGCGAAGCCAUCACAACACGGUGCAGAUUCAAAACAUAAUGCCAUAAGCAAUUCUUUGCUGUUACCUACACAGCUUUCGUCUGACUCGAAUGCUUCUAUCGAACGACCAGCUUAUAAUAAAGAUGAAAAUGGUUCACCUAGGUUAAUGUAUCAAGGAAAACCAUUUGAUAGGAAUGACUACACCGAAUCACAGUUUGAUAUGUUGCCAACUCAAUACUCAUCGCAAGACAACGAAGAUGAAAUAGAUCUCUCCAAAAAACUGGAGCCUAAGAGCGAGGCGUCAAAAAUAGUAAUUAAAGAAGAAAAUAAAGAAAACUUUGAUGAAAUAGAAGAUUCACAAGACGAGUUCCCACUAGAUAGCCUUGACCUAAUCAAAAAGCCACCAACUAAAAUUAAAAGAGAGCCACUCGAAGAUAUUACAUCUAAGUUUAAUUCUAAAUCACAGUCACAAACAUAUCCCAAAGUUCCUACGCAUUAUACAAAGCUACAGAGGAGAGCAUACUUGAAAGAUUACUACGAAUCAAAAUUUAAGAAUUCUCCUGAAUUCAAGAUCAACCUCAAUUCCAAUCCUAUAAAUGAAAUGGACUGGAUUAUUAACGAUUUUAAACCGAACCCAAAUUAUGUAACGCCAAACCAAAUAAAGGGAACUGCUCUUUCCAAAAAUGCACAAAAUAAUGUCAAUAAAUUCUAUCAAUUGGCUGGCCCAUUACCAAAAGUUACCCAGUUAACAUGGAAUAAUGAAGUGAUAGAAAGCGAUAAUGACUCAAUAGAAUUAUCAGAAUCUCAGGUCUUAGAUAAAUAUCCUUCGCCUCCCGGAUUUAUGGUCAGUGAAUUUCCUGAUACCCAAGAACAACAGUUGCGGAAUCGGAUAAUCGAUGAGCGGCAGGAGGAUAGAAUAAAAAGGAGAAUUAAGCAAUGCAUAAGAAGUUCAAAGAAUAAAAAUGGUGAAUUUGUAUUCCAAGUCGAUAUUUUGAAUAAAUUUGUUCAGCAAAAUAGAUUCACAUACGAUUACUGA